GUGUAGUUGAAUUCACAAGGAAGUAUCUGAGUUAUUUGAAAUAAUGGACAGUGAACUAUCAAAUAUAUUGAUUUGGAGAAUUCUAUGAUAUGUAUGUUACAUAGAUGUGAGCCCAUACUGACGAUGUACGCAGACAUUUUUGAAAAGCCGGAGGGACAGAAUUGGUUAAAACAAUGGAGGGCAGUGUUUAUAACAAGAAAGGCCCUCCUGACAACUGUCUCAACCGAGGCCAAGAAUUUCCAUGGAUACCUUUUGCAAGAAGCGCAUAAAAACUCUAAAUUGAAAUGCACCAACAUAUGCACUUCAAAAAGCUGUCUAUUUCAUACGUUUUUUCGCGGUGAGCUGCUCAAUAUGCAUGCCCGCGGAUCAUUGGCAAUGAAAAACACAAAGACAGAAAACUGGUUUCACUCACCAUGGGAGAUCGCCAAGGUGUUCAUGCCGCCAUCUGGCUACCUGGACAAAACCACAAUUGACGAGACCGAUUUUAACGGCAUUGCUGGAUUCAUCAUCAACUGCAAGCGUUUCCAGGGAAGGAUCACAGACAGUAUUUGUGAAAAGGCUCGGGAAGCGGUCAACAAUAUUCGGCACAUGCCAGACAUGUGUGCCAGCGUCCUUACUGACCAGGCCACAACCGAAUGUAUAGAUAACCUGUGCCUUCUACUAAAUGAACCGGGACUGAAAAAUCUGCCAGAGGUGGUACAGGCUCUAAAGGAAUUGGACAAGCUGAAGACCGAAGACCUCUCCAAAGAUGAAAAGAUAUGCAAGUAUAUUUGUCAUGAGUUUAAGGAUGAAUCCCAUCAGAGGCUUGGCGAUAUUGAAAUGAAACUCGAAUCAAUGGAAAUUGAUACCCAAACCGCUAUAGAUAGUAAACACACAGAAGGCGACAGAAUCCAGAAAAAUCUAGGGCUUCUUUGCGAAGUAUUUUCUUUUGAUUUAUCAAAACUCAAAAAUGAAAUUCUCCUGUCGAUAAAUGAAGAAAAAGAACGUGCCAUUGAUCAUAUAACAGAACACAUUAAACAAUCUGUAACAGAUGGUAAAACAACGAUUGAACAAUCAGUAGAAAAAGGGCAGAGAGCGCUUGAAGAUAAGAAAGAAAUACUUGUGCAGCAGUUGCGUAAAGAAGUGGACGAAAAUCUACAACAAAGGAAACGCGAUUUACAGAAACAGUUGCUAAACCAUUACCAAACAACCGCUGCUGUCAGAAUUAACGUCCGAUUAGACAUUGAUGCAGCUGUAGAAGACAUUUAUGAAAAGCCCAAACUUAAUUGGAAGACUAAGAAAGAAAAAGAUGGUCAAAUAACAGAUGAAGAUAUAUCAAAAAUAGAUCAGAUAUUUCUGAGCGACAAUGACAUGAUGGCUAAAACAAUAUUCGUGGAGGGAGAACCGGGCACAGGCAAGUCCUCGCUGUGUAAAAGAUUGUCGAUGACUGGUGUAAACUGA